ACUGUACUCUCAUCACUGGAAUCUAACGUCAGAUCUUCAGGCGAUGCGAAACAACCAUCUCAUCUCAUUGAUCUUCAUCACUUGGUAUUUCGCCCACUAUCUUGGUCUCUUGAGCCCAGAUUGAAACACCUUGAUGGUUCUAAUCUACUCUUUGAUGCCGUGUAAACUCUUUAACCUUGACAGACACCUCGACCCCGCACAGCCAUGGACCGUAUAUAAAGGCAUAGGUAUGACAUGUCUUUACCGAAAGGCCAUUUCCUUAAGACUGAUCCUGUUGUUCAUAUGGCAGCCCAUACCGCCAGUAGCCCCAUGUUCAUUCAGAAUAUUGUUUCGUUGCCUGACUACACCAAACAUCCUGUGAACAAAACCACCUGGUGAUUAGCACAUCAAACGCGAGCAAACGCGAUAGCUUUUGUGUCCUGAGUCAACAACAUACGUCGAUACAAGGUUCAUUCUUCAUGCGCAUAGUACUCAAACUUGGCAGUGAGAUCAUUGCUUAGUAUGUCUCCCGCGUCUUAUCAAAUAGUUAUACUUGUGUCUGGUGUCUAUCGCCGAUAGAAGUUACUGUUCUCUCUUGUCGCAUCUGCGUCCAGCAACCAGACGCGAUGAGGGGUAGAACGGCCCCUCUAUGUCACCGAAAGAAAACCAGCAGAUGGCUUGACGGAUUCUUGUCACAUGUGCUACGAUAAGUGAUCAACUGCGUUAUUCCUUCAGCCACGCGCCCUCUUAAGCUUGAUUCGACGACAGUCCAUGGUCCCGUCGGCUCGUGUUACAGACCCCUGCUACUGAUGACAAUGGAGGGGUGAGAUACUUGAUUUUGUGUAAUGAUCACACUCAAUGGCAAUGUACUGGACCCCUGUCACAGCUUGCAAAAGCUUCCCCCCAGCUCCUCUACCCCUCGAUGAUUCUCUGACAAAAGUUGCGGGCCCUGGGCGUGUAUGAUUUCAUGCUUGGCAUGAUGAAGCAGACCAGGCCAUCCUUCCACUACCGACCAUGCCCAGCGGAUCGCCGGGGAAAACUGGACUUAGCAGGAUUAAAGCUGCCAUCGUCAGAUCGAGUGAGCUUGGCAUGAAGCAGGCCAGCUGGGGAGGGAGCCCACCCAUACCAUACUACCGUCCGUCCGUCUCACCAUUCUGCUGUGUUAGCGCUGGACAUGUGCAAUGGAGUGAGGUGUGGUGGUGGCUUGCCUUGUCUUGUUAAGCUUGUCUUGGUCUCGUCCAAGGUUGCAACGCAAUUGGUAUCCAUGGAAAUAGCGUAGGCAAAUAAGGUCAUGUCUAGUGUUUCGUUUCUGCUGGUUUGCCCUAGACUCCCACUGUCUGUCACUGUUAUUAUGGAGAGCACGGGCUUCUUUUAUUCGGUUGCCAGCUGAAGCUGCGUCACUUGGAGGCCCGGCCAGACUGAGCUUGCCCCUCAGCUCCCCUCCUCCACCUUUAAGCAUAAGGUAAGGUAAAGUACCUUAGAUCCCUACUAAUCUUCCACCGUCUCCCUGUUUUUUCCCUUCUCCUCCUUCAGAACGACCCUCCCCCGAUCCUCAUUCUUUUCCUGUCUUCAAACUCCCUGACGAUAAUAUCGUGUUCCCCUCUGCUAGCUCAGAAGGGGUUCUUUCUUUCCCAUCUUUGCAGCACAACUAGCUAACAUCCUGGGAUACUCCCAGCUUGAAGACGUGAACCGCAGUCAUGUUCACCUUCAGAUCUCACAGCCUCCUGGUGGGGCUUGUUAUCCUCGUUGCUCUGGCUUCUCCAGCCUUUGCUUUCGGUGCUGGUAACAUUGCUUCAAUCUCCAAGGUCGAAGGUCAAAACUGGCGCCACGGCGAUAUCACCGAUGCACUCUUGAUCCUUUCGCAGGCCAAGGCCCUCAAUGGCAAGAAGUUCAACAAGAUCAACGUUUCGCGAGUCUACUUUGGAAACUGGCUUCGAGAUUACUCUCAGGCCAUCGAUGUCGGUACUGUCAAGUCGGUCUCUGCUGAGGCCAUCCGUCUUCUACUUUGUGUCCUCGGUUUCAUGACCUUCGGCUACGGCUCCGGAGAGUUCGAGGUCACCGCUGAGCGACUCGGAUGCUACCGCCCUGAGGACCACAUCGACAACCCCAAAGACUACGCCGAGAAUGUCGAUGCCCGUCAGUAUGAUGAACGCCUCCGUGGGCCAGUCGACGAGGAUCGAGAACUGGCUAUCGACCCUGAAACAGGAAUGAAGAACUACAUUGCGAACGAGCGUGCACGUAUCAUGACCUCCGCUAGGCACGUCAAGAAGCUCUUUACUGGUACUAUCGAGCUUGGUCGUCGAUACAAGGACUCUCAGCGAAAGGCAGACAAGUACGAGGCUCUCCGCCUCAUGGGAACUGGACUGCACUGCCUGGAAGAUUUCUUUGCCCACAGCAACUACUGUGAGCUGGCCCUCAUUGAGCUCGGAGAGCGUGAUGUCUUCCCCCACGUUGGUCGUAACACACAGAUCGAAAUUGAGGGUGCCCGUGGUCCCGUCUAUCCUAUUGUCACUGGCACUUUCGGUGGUGUUGACUUCUUGCACUCAGUUACUGGUGAAGUGUCCGACAAGCUCACUCAGAACGAAAUUGAGGAGCUCGAGGGUACUCUCCAGCAGGGUGCCAAGUCUGACACCAGCAUGCUUCGUGACCUUCUGGAUAAGAUCCCUGAUGGCAUCUUUGGCGAUAAGCACCAGAGUGACCGGGUCGACGAGCUCCAGAACAAUGCUGCUGCUGCUCAGAUGGAGAACACCACUGUGUCUCCUCGUGAUCCCGAGGAAUUCACCAUCUACAUCCAGAAUGUCUUUAAGCAAGUCAUGCCUGCUAUUGAAUUCCACGAUGACAUCAUGAAGAGCAUUUCGGGUGCUAUGGAGAAGAUUCCUGUGCUCCCCAAGAUCAUCGAGCAACUGGAGGAGCAGCUCUCCGUCUUCAUCUUCUCCAUCAUUGCUCCUUUCAUUGUUCCUCUCAUCCAGCAGAUCCGCAAUGAGCUCAAGACUGGUUCUGAUGAAAUCAUUGCUAGCAGUGAGCGUGAGCAGCACAUUGUCUUCCACGACGAUGAUUCUAGCAACCCCACUCACUCUAUGCUUUCCAAGGAUCACUUUUCCAACAUCUUGAACGAGAUUGCUGGCCGAAACGCUGCUGCGGUGGUGCAAUGGGUUGUUCCUCAGCUCAUGGAUGCCAUCGAUGACGAGAGUGUCGACGUGGAUAGACUCCUCGACGAUAUCGUCAACGGUGUGAUGCAUCAUCCUGCUCAGCGUGACCUCGGAAACCGCAAGGUUCAAGAGGGUCGUCGCCGCUCCUACGAAGGUGUCAAGGAGUGGUGGAACAACAUGGGUGACCGCCAGCGUGAUGAUUACCGUCAGAAGCUGACCCGAGAAGGCGUUCAGAAUGGUGAGAACCACAAGGAGGGUGUUGUCGACACUGGUCACGGCCACGGAUGUGCUGGCAAGCUACAGAUGCGAAAGCUGUACGGCGGUGGCCCUGAGACCCUCGAGGACAAGAUUGCUGGUGCUGCGGCCGACGCUAUCUUUAAGGGUGCUACCGGCGCCAUCUCUGGCAUGGUUGAGCAGAACACUGGCUACAAGAUGCCCUCUUCUUCCCGUAAGGAGGAGAAGGAGGAGGGUGGUCUCAGCGGCUUCCUCAGCCAGGCUGGCUCAAUCCUUGGCGGUGCUUUCGGCAGUGACGAGACUAAGAGACAGUCCAGCAGUCACCGCGAGGAUGAUGGUUCCUACACUAGAACUGAAGUAGAGUAUGGUCGCCACGGUGAUCGCUACGGCCAGGCUGAGUAUUCUCAGACACAGCGCCCUGAUGGUAGCCAGCAGUCGGAGUAUCGUCGAUACGAGCAGCAAGACUCCUCGGAUGGCCGUCACACCGGUGGCUAUGGCUAUGAGGAGCGAACUGAGACUCACCAGAGUUACUCUGGAGGCUACGAGCAGCGCACUGAGCGACAUGAGUACUCCGGCUCAACUGAGAGCCACGGCCGUCGUCGUGAUGAUGAUGACGGUGGCUACGGUGGUCGUCGUCACGAUGAAGGCGGCUAUGGUGGUGAUAGCAGCUACGGCCGACAGGAGGAGAGCAGCUAUGGCGGAAACAGUGGUUACGGUCGCCAAGAGAGCAGCUACGGUGGCAACAGCAGCUAUGGACGUCAAGAGGAGAGCAGCUACGGCCGCCAAGAGCAAAGCAGCUAUGGUGGAGGCUAUGGAGGAAGCCAUGAACGCCGCGAUGAGGGCGGCUACGGUGGUCGUAGUGGUGGUUACGAGCGUCGUGAAGAGGGCGGAUAUGGCGGCAGUGGUGGUUAUGAGCGUCGAGAGGAGAGCGGCGGUUACGGUCGCCGUGAGGAGGGUGGAUAUGGGGGUGACAACUACGGACGCCGAGAUGAAGGUGGCUUUGGCGGAGGCUCUGCUGAUGAGUAUCUUCGCCAGAGCCAGGGAGGCCAUGGACGUGAGCGCCGUGGCAGCAACGAAUAUGGCGAUAAUGGCUAUGGUGGUGACCGACGUUGGUAAAUUGUUGAACGGCACUGCGGCUGGGAAAACUCUCAGUGAGGGGAGUUCACCAUCAUGCCUAGAUAACAGAAUGUCGAACCAAAUGAAGGAAAAGAAAUGAAAUUAACGGUUGAAUUAAUUGCGUGUGAAAUGCAUAUGUGCAUCGUGUCCGAUGUCCCACGAGAGAUUUGUGAAACGAGCUUUCUCUACGGUUCUUAGGUUCUGUCAUAAAGAUACCUAUUUGAGGAUAUCAA